UUCUUUUGUUCUUAAUGGAUAUUAGCAUAACUUUAUUUAUACUUUGAUUACCGAUAUAGUAAUAUAGUAAGGAAAACGUUCGAAAACUUUAUUAUUAUUUAAAUUUAAUUUACUAUGGAAAAAUUCCCUUUUACGAUGUAAAACGAGUUGCAGCUGUUAAAAAAAAAAAUGCUGGAGAUUUAAGGUGUAAAGAAGUUGCAGAAAUCUUUUGUGUUGCUGUAAAUGAUUCAUCUGUUAUGGCGGCGUGGGGUAAAACGCAUGGAGCCGAAGAACAGGUGUUGUUCCCAAAUAUGAGAUUUUCUUGGUCUUUAAAAAGACCGGUUUGUCCCUUGGCCGCUGCUCGUCAAUCAUCGCAUUCGAGCAAAUCCAUUGGAAGAAAGGCUUAGAAACAUACAAGAGCCUAAAAAUGUGAAAUUGUUGUACGAUGUGUUACAUUUCUCUUGUAAGGAUAUCGACAGGGCAGUAUUAUUCGCUACAAAUAACGCUCUCGUGUGCGAAACUCCCGAAGACGCGAAUAAAAUAGCUUAUGAGAGAUGGAUGAGAAAGCAAGAUACGAUUGUGUUGCGUUAGAUGGAACAUUUGAUGAAAAAACGGGAAUUGUGUAUACGGCAGUAGUUCAGAUUUAGCAAGAAAAGGAAGAAGAUGGGAGGAAAAGCAAAUGUUUCGUCGUAAGGCUCAAAAAGUAAAGCAGAUUACCAUGAAUUUAAUGAUUCAAGUAAUCUGAAUAAUAAAUAGAGGAAAAAAAAUCGUCCCUGAAGAGGUUAAUUUAUUAGAUGUAGGAAGAACUUGAUCAUUGGACAACCUAAACAUCUUGUGUUUUUCGUCCAAACUAUCCACUUGACUCUUUUAAAAUUAAACAGAGAGGCGAAAGCAAUUUUCCAUCUGUAGAUAUAAUAAGCUCGAAUUGUGUAACUGUAAGUGGUUGGGGAUAUGAACAGUACUUGAAUCGUUUUUUCACCCCGUACGGUUCAUGUUCCUGAAGUGUAGUUCUAGAUUCAAACUACUUUCGUCAGAGUUCAAUACAUUUCCUAUUUAAAAAUUAUUAAUAUUCGGUUUCCCUUUGGUAAUAUUUACUAGACAUCUUUUAUAUCCUCCACACACACUCAUGCCUUCCCCCUAUUGCAUCGGAAGCCAUCGUUAUCCCUAUGAUAGUUUAGUUUUGCCUGCAUACAUACAGUCUACUUCAACUGUACGGAAUUUUUUUAUUUCUUGUCAUCGAAACUUGUAAGGUGUAAACUUUUUUAUGUAAAGCUCCAUAGCCAUAGCUUGUUUGUACAUAAAAAUAGAAGAACGUGUUGCGGAUUAUCUUCUGUAGUUUUCAUCUUAUUUAAAUAAAUUCUAUCGUUGUUAUCGGAGACCCCUGCAUAAUAGUAGCGCAGAAUAGUAUUGCGCUGGCCCAGUUAUACUAUUAGAAAUAGUGGCAGCUCUGAUUUAUAGUUGGUUGUAACGAAGGCAAAGACGCGGGUCAAUGUAGCUUAUUACGGUUAACGCUUUGUAAAGUAAGUCGCGCUUCGGGAAUGCGGCCAAAACGAUGAUUGUCAUUUAAUAAAGUUAUUAAGUGAAAACGACGCAUCUCUGUAUCGAGAGUGGUGUUGCAGAAUUAACUAAUAAAAAUGAGGAACAACGACGAAGUGGGUCGACGGACUGUUUGCGUAUUCUGUGAAUUGGAUUCACAUUUGAAGGAGGAUCGCGUGUACUAAUUGACAUCAUCGCCUUUAUGAACUUUACGCACGAAACGCGAAUCUUCGAUGAUCGAGACCAACUUGUUCGCCAAGUUACAUCGAUGGUACCGCAACAAAUAUUUCGACGUUCUAUCUGCAUUUCAGAUAUUUUAGUCAUCAACCGUUAUUUUUAUUGCAUCCCCUUCGUACAAGGUAUUUGGAUCCACCCCUAUACAGCAAUGGACUCCCCUCAGUUAUGAAAUUUUAUGCAAAGAUUGAAGAAAAUGUCGAGUAUUUAGUAAAUAUCGAAAUUAUAUUUCGAAUGUCUAAAGGAAAAGGAUAGUAGACGGAAUCCCAAGACAAGAUUUUCACCCCUUCGUGGUAUGCACCAAGAAGGGUAGAGAAUUAUAGAGAGCAAAGGCAGGAAAAAUGGGAGAGGAAAAAAAUCGUAUAGUGAAAGAAAGGGAGCAAAGAGGAGGGAUGAGAUGAAACCUCCAGGCAGUGGGAGGACUGCAUCUACAUCGUAAAACGGAGGAUGAUGACCUGUCCUGAGUUACAAAGCAUCUGCUAAAUAGAUGACACGCCGGUUGUCAUAAGUCUAGUUUGUCCUCAGCUUCGGACGAAGGCGAGUUGGUUCUAGGAUCGCGUAGCUGGCUUUUCGUUGUCCAUAAUUCUUGAUGGGGCCGAGGGCCCUUCAGCUGGCCACAGCUUUCGUGGUGGUUCAGCUUCUUCUGCCGCAGGUCGAUUCCGUGAGGACCAAGCUCAGGAAACAACGAUCGAAACCGCUCAACAACCUGCAGGCCCAACAACCUGCUGGCGUCGAUUACGACUACGAUUAUUAUGGAAGCUACGAUGAAUACGAAGACAGAAACGAAACAACACCGAUAACUACUUCGUUACCAGUAACUGCGCUUGGCGUUGGUAGUACCGGCAGAGGUGGUGAGUCGCCGGUAGAAGGAUCACCACAAUCCUUUUACAGAACAGUAUUGCCUACAGACUUGCCGGCUCCAACGACGACUCGACUACUUCAUCAAGAAUUGUCGCAAGGAGAAGUAAACAUUACUCCGGAUAGAAUUCAUUUAUCACCAACGGAAAUUACACCUGGCGAAAGUAAUCAAAUAAAUGCGGUUGCUGUACCUGGACCUAGGGGUGAACCUGGUCGACCAGGCGAUGCUGGCCGUCCAGGUGAUGCUGGAUUUCCUGGACAACCUGGUUCGCCCGGAUUUCCAGGUCCUCCAGGACCACCAGGAUCCGUGCCUGACGUAUCGAUGUACUAUCAACAAUUGGCUUUGACUCAAGCAAAUCAAGAUAAAGGUCCAACAGGAGCAGCAGCACCGUUGUAUGGUCCAGAAGCUUAUUUACAAACUCAAAUAGGUCCCGUUGGUCCACGUGGUUCUCCAGGUCCACCUGGUCCACCUGGACCACAAGGCUUUCAAGGAGUACGAGGAGAGCCUGGAGAGCCUGGAUCAGUUGGUCCUCCAGGUGCUCCAGGUCCACGAGGACUACCUGGUUUGGCUGGAAAAGAUGGUAGUACCGGUGAAGAUGGAGAACCAGGUCCACCAGGAUCGCCUGGUCCAAUUGGCUCGAGAGGUCUUCCGGGGAUGCCUGGACUGCCUGGUGUAAAAGGACAUCGCGGUUUUCCAGGAUUAGACGGAGCAAAAGGAGAACAAGGUGUAUCCGGAGAAAAAGGGUCCGUAGGUGGAUCCGGACCAAUGGGGCCCGUAGGUCCCGUGGGUCCUGCAGGGCCACGUGGCGAAAGAGGCAGAGAGGGCCCACCGGGACCACCAGGAAUUAGAGGAGUGGAUGGAAUUUCUGGACCACCUGGACAACCUGGCGCGGUAGGGAAAUCAGGACCACCCGGAUAUCCGGGCAAUCCUGGUAUAAAAGGGGAUCAAGGUGCACAAGGGCCACCUGGAAAUCAAGGUUUACAAGGUCCACGAGGAGAAACUGGUCGUCCUGGUCAGCCUGGGGAAUCAGGACCACAAGGUCCACAAGGAAGGGAUGGAACACCUGGAGAAAAAGGAAGCGCUGGAACGCCUGGUUUAGCCGGUGCACCUGGUUUCACCGGAAUUCGUGGACAGCCUGGAAUACCUGGAAAUCCUGGUACUCCGGGAAUUAAAGGAAUGCCUGGAGCACCUGGCGACAGAGGGUUUAAAGGAGAUGCUGGCGUUAAAGGCGAUACAGGAAUGCAAGGACCACGCGGUUUACCAGGUCCCCCUGGAAACGAGGGAAAGCGAGGGAAGAGAGGAAUGCGCGGUCCAAUUGGGUCCCCUGGUUCUUCCGGUGAACGUGGAACACCUGGAGCACCGGGUCUUCCGGGCCCGGACGGACCCAUGGGCCCUAAAGGUCAAACUGGAGAUCGUGGCCAAGUUGGACCAUUAGGACCAAAAGGAGCUACGGGAGAUCCUGGUCGUCCAGGUCCAUCCGGAUUACAGGGUGCUCGUGGAUUAAUGGGUCGUCCAGGUGCUCCUGGAAAACCAGGUAACCCGGGAGAACGUGGAAUCCAAGGUGCCGAUGGGAAACCUGGCGAACAAGGCCUACCUGGACUGCAAGGCUUGCCUGGCCAGUUAGGUUUUCCAGGGGAGAAAGGAUAUCCGGGUGAAACUGGCAAAGCUGGAGAACCAGGAAAUCCCGGACCACCUGGUCCUAGAGGCGAUACGGGAAAAGAAGGAGCCCCCGGGGUACAAGGUUCACCUGGACCGUCAGGAGCAGACGGUGAACGAGGUCCUCCAGGUGCUCCAGGUCCUAGAGGUUUCCAGGGAUUUCCAGGUACAAUUGGAAACCCAGGUUCACCGGGAAAAGACGGAGAACCAGGUGUACAAGGACCACCAGGUAUACCAGGCACACCUGGAAAUAGGGGUGAGCGUGGAUUUCCUGGUGAAAGAGGCCAGGCAGGAGUACCAGGAAUGGUAGGCUCGAAAGGAGAACGAGGAACGCAAGGAUUGGAUGGCCCUCCUGGAUUACCAGGGCCAAAAGGGGAUAGAGGAACCCCAGGUCCAUCUGGAUUACUAGGGCUGCAAGGAAUACGAGGUCCUGCAGGAGAAGCGGGUCCAAAAGGAGAGAGGGGAUCCGCCGGUCCGGCUGGACCUGAAGGUCCACCAGGACGGAUCGGAGAGCGUGGAGUACAAGGGCAAAUUGGUCCACCUGGGCCACCAGGUGAGCCAGCGGAAAGAGGAGAUGCUGGGUUGCCUGGUCCCCCAGGAGAGGUUGGAGCUUCCGGUAGCCCAGGGGAAAGAGGCCCUCAAGGAUUGCAAGGUUUACAAGGCUUUCCAGGACCACAAGGACUUAUUGGCUUGCCAGGAUUGAAGGGUGAUCGUGGAUAUCCUGGUUUGAAAGGAGAUCAAGGAAGCCCCGGUCCAUCUGGUAGUCCUGGCGAAACUGGACAGCAAGGUUUGACUGGAUUGACCGGAGCUAAAGGAGUAAGAGGUGAACCGGGUCCUAGAGGGGAGACUGGUAUUAUGGGACCACCUGGAAUGCCAGGGGCAAUUGGAGCAGUAGGUCCACCAGGUCCGACGGGACCGCCAGGGAUACAGGGAUUACCGGGUACUAAAGGUAAUGCUGGAGAAACAGGACGAACUGGAAAUCCUGGUCCCAUUGGAAAUCCAGGUAUACCUGGCGUGGAUGGAAACAAAGGCGAAAGUGGUUCUCAAGGACAACCAGGUCCACCUGGUCCUCUAGGUCCUCAAGGUGCAUCCGGCGAAAGAGGUUUACCGGGUUUGCCGGGUCCAUCUGGACCAAUAGGAGCUAGAGGAAUACGUGGACCACCUGGUGAAACUGGAUUGCCUGGAAAACCAGGACCAGAAGGGUCAGUUGGAUCUCCUGGUCUGAUCGGACCAAUGGGACCACCCGGCCCCCCAGGAGAAAUCGGAUCGGAAGGACCCAUUGGUAAACCAGGACCUCCUGGAAUAUCUGGUCGUCCUGGAGAUAAAGGACCCCCUGGAAUGGCUGGGCAAACGGGCUCACCUGGUUCACCAGGUUUGCAAGGGCCCCCCGGUCCAGCAGGACCUGCUGGACUAGUUGGAGAAAGAGGUCUAAAAGGAGAAACAGGUCCACAAGGUGUAGAGGGACAACAAGGACCUAGAGGAAAACCAGGACCUAUAGGAUUAGAAGGUCCGAAAGGUGAUCGUGGAGAGGAAGGUCAAAAAGGUAUCAAAGGACAUCGAGGAUUUACAGGUUUACAAGGUCCGCCUGGACCCUCCGGUCUACCAGGAGAAAAAGGAAUUACUGGAUUCCCUGGAAUACCUGGUAAAGAUGGAGAACCUGGGCCUAGAGGCAGUCCAGGCAAAGAUGGUAGUCCCGGACCAAUUGGAUUAAUGGGAAAUCCAGGACCGAAAGGCCCUCCUGGUGACGAAGGUCGUUAUGGACCUCCAGGACCUCCUGGUUUACCAGGUCCUCCAGGUCCACCGGGUGAACUUGGAUUGGGAUACGAUGCUGCGUCUUUGGCUGCUUUCUUAGGGCAAGGCCAAACUAAAGGACCUGAUCCAUUAAUCGGCGACGAGCCACCUAGAAUAUUCAGUCCGGACAUGACAGAAGAAGAAAGACGAGAAGUAAUUUUGAAAGCGUACAAACAAUUAAAAUCAUCUUUCCAAAAGUUUAUAAAACCAGACGGUGAAAAACAAUCGCCUGCUAAAACUUGUCGGGAUCUUUACGUAGCAUAUCCAAAUAAACUUUCUGGAGAAUACUGGGUGGAUCCGAACGAAGGGGAUCCCAGGGACGCCAUUUUGGUGCACUGCGAAGCUAAGACACGAGCAACGUGUCUGUUGCCAAAUCCUGUCCGUUCACCAGAAAUUACAUACAUUACCGAGCAACAAGAAACCUGGUUAAGUGAAAUAGAAGAUGGAAUUAAGAUUACAUAUAAAGCGGACAGUAAUCAAGUUAGUUUCCUACAAUUAUUAUCGAAAUAUGCUUAUCAAAAUAUAACGUAUCACUGUAAAAAUAGUGUAGCAUAUUUCGAUUCUGAACGAAAAACAUAUAGAAAAGGUAUGAAACUGUUAGCAUGGAAUGAUGUUGAAUUAACACCGCGUGGAAAUCAACGCCUCAGAUACGAAAUGAUAACGGAUGAUUGUAAGUUACGACCAGAUGGAUGGGGAAAGACAGUACUAUCGUAUAAAACGGAUAAACCGGUAAGAUUGCCCAUACUAGAUAUUGCUUUACGAGAUAUUGGAAAGUCUGACCAAAGUUUUUAUAUUGAACUGGGUGCUGUUUGCUAUGAAUAAUAACAAAGUAUAAUUCUAUGGAUAUAUUUCUAUGGCAUUAUUGUAUGUACAUCACUACUUUCGAAAUUUACGUUUCUAUAUUUUGUAAGACAAACUCGGUAUUUCGUUAUGAAUGUUAUUUAUAGAUACUAUUGCAACUUUUCUACUUGUAUUCAUCAAAAAAUUACCAUUAGUUGAAAUCUUAGUUGAAAUCGGAACUAUACACACCUGUGUAUCAGAAACAAUUCAAACCAUUUCAUAUUUGCAAAAGCAAAGUUAUU